AAGCGAACGAACGAACUUUAGCGGAAAAACAUCGACGAGUGGUCCUAACGUAAUAAAUGAAGUUCUAAUAGCCACAUAUACAUACACAAUUUGCAACGUGUCGUACAUAUAUAUCUCUUCAAAUACAUAAAUAUUGAAAUAUAAAAAAAAUAUAUACGUGGAGAUAGAAGUAACAAAAGAAAAAAUAAAUAAAUAACUGUAAGAAAAAAGUGGGCCCUGAAGCCUAAAAGUAUACUAAACUGUGUUGCAAGAAAUUGAUUGUGUCUAUAAUAUUAAAUAAAAUAUUAACCAUAGCGGAAAGUGGUGUGCGGGAGAAAAAUUUCUUAAGAAUUUCCCAAGAAUUUAUGUGUCAGUGAAGCGAAAGAACGUAGAGUAAACGAAACGAUUUCCUUUACCAACAACACAAUUCGUGGUGGAGGGCAAGAAGUCACAGAAUUUAAGUGAAAUAAACCCGCAAAAAAUCCCAGCACCAUAUGUUGGGCUGAACACUGACUGAUAAGAACAACGCGAAGACUUAAAGAGUUUUAAAGUGCAAAGAAUUUUAAAGACCAAACUCGGGUGUUGACUUCGUAGAGCAAACAGAGAGAGUCAGCCGCACGUGAAACCCAUAUAAACGUGAUAAGCAAACAUUCGGCAUUUGACUUGUAUUUUUCGGCCGUUUGCUCAACACAAACACACCGAACAUAAAAUUUGUGACAAGCAGAGAUAAACGCCAUUCCACGUUUCCCGUCAAGAGCAGCAGGAACAGCACCGUGGUAACAACUUCAAUAUCACUGUAAACCCCAAAGGCUAUAAAAGCAAAACACACCAACACACCGACAGCCACACACACAGAGUGAUAUAUCCAUUGUAAGGGAAAAGUGUAAUUGUUUUCAACAAACACAGCGUGUGUGCGUGUAAACAUCUGGCAUAAAGAAAAACCCAUACUCCACACACCCACACACAUACAGCAACAACUAACUGGGCCAUCAUCUGUUACACAUUCUAAGCCUACGGCAGCAGCGGCAUUAUGACUGAAAUUGUUGAGCUCAAUGUAGGUGGUGUCCAUUACACCACCACCUUGAAUUCCCUGCUCCACGAAAAGGAUUCACUGCUUUGCGAAAUGUUUUCCGAAGGCCGUGAAAAUCUGCUAAAGGACAGCAAGGGUCGCUAUUUCCUAGACCGUGACGGUGUGCUCUUCCGUUACAUUCUGGACUAUUUACGUGAUAAGACCCUAAAUUUGCCAGAAGGUUUUCGUGAAAAGCAACGCCUUCAAAAGGAGGCCGAAUACUAUAAGCUGGAGGGCAUGUUGGCAUGUAUGCGCAAGGAGCGUGAGACACGUUCACCCGGCAGCAUAACCCUUGGCUAUCGUGGCAGUUUUCAAUUUGGCAAAGACGGUCUGGCCGAUGUCAAGUUCCGCAAACUUUCACGUAUCCUGGUCUGUGGUCGUGUCGCCCUGUGUCGUGAAGUUUUCGGCGAUACCCUCAAUGAAUCGCGUGACCCUGACCAUGGUGGUCCCGAUCGUUACACCUCACGUUUCUUCCUCAAGCAUUGUUUCAUUGAGCAAGGCUUCGAUAUGUUGCAUGAACAAGGUUUUCGGUUGGCCGGAAGCUGUGGUUCCGGUACUGCUGGUUCGGCGGCUGAGCCCAAGCCGGGUGUGGAUGCUGAAGAAAAUCGUUGGAAUCAUUAUAAUGAAUUUGUUUUUGUUAGGGAUUAAAUGAGAAAUUGUCCCAGGCCCAACAAAUAACCGUAGGGUCAUUAUAGCCAAUCUUCGCCAACUCUACUCCAACUCCACCUCCCCAGAACAAAAAAAAAAAAACAAAAAAACAAAGAAA